GUGAAGGAGACUCCAUGCAGAGGACACUGCUGUCAGAGAUGGCCAUAAAAUUUUGUUGCUUUUCUCAGGAACCCGUUGAUGAUGUGGACUCUUGGGGCGAGUCCAUCGAGAAGCUUCUGUCCUGUAAAGCGGGACAGGCGGCUUUCCAGGACUUCCUAAAGUCGGAAUACAGUGAGGAAAAUAUUCUGUUCUGGCUGGCAUGUGAGGAAUACAAAAAGAUCACGAGCGGACCAGAGAUGAUCAGCAGGGCAAACCAAAUCUACACUGAGUUUGUGCAAACGGAAGCACCGAGACAGGUCAAUAUAGAUUCUGGGACUCGUACAAAUAUUACAAACAACAUCUCUGAGCCAACCCUGAACUCAUUUGAUACGGCACAGAAGAUGAUCUUCAGUCUAAUGGCGAGAGACUGCUAUCCCAGAUUUCUGAAGUCCGACGUCUACCAGUCCGUUCUGCAAAAGCAUGGAAAGAGAUGACUUCAUAAUGACGAAUCAUUAAUGUACAUCAAGUUUAACUAUUGCUUUUUUUUUUUAAUUUUAUAUUUGGUAAGCAUGACCUUUUUAGUUUUGGACUGAAAUAGCACGUCAGUUUUUAUCAUUAUGUUGCCAUAUAAAGUUUUUGGAAGGAAAAACACGUUUACAGAGUCACAGUAGGAUCUGCUCUAAAUGGUUAAUAUUCCGCUGUUGCCUUCUGUUUUAUUUUUCCUGCUCACAGCAAAUUAGAUCAAUUAGCUACAUCUCACGUUAAACUAUAACGGGAAAAAUUCACGCAUGAAAAAAUAAUUUCAUAUGGGAUUAAAAGGAUCUGUUAUGGGCCUGAACGAAUUUAGUAAUUUCCUGGUUAUCAGCAUACUGUUGAGAAAUCAAGAAUAAUAAGAAAAUGAGAAUUUGAAUGCUGCUUUUUUAACAGAUCUUGCACAGUCAUUUACAGUUCAUUUCUAUAAUAGUGCAGCCUAUCGGUCAGAUAUUUUUUUUAAACAAGUUAUUAUGAUGAUGAUAGUGAUUAUAGAUGAUGAUGAUGUCAUUCUUUUUUAUUAUUAAGAAACAUUAUUGCUUAGGUUUUCUUAUGAUUGAUGUUAUGACCGUCAGGAGGAAAUUUGUAAAAUUAUUUUAAAGGACCAUUUAAAUAUGACCAC